AUUGCAAAAGUGACUCAAAACUUGAAUUCAAACAGAAAACUAACCUUUUCUUUUGACUCAUUUUUUUUUUGAGUUUUUAACCCCACAUCUGCAUUUUAUCUACGAAAAUGCCAUUAACCCUUUUUUUUUUUUUUUUUCGAAAAUGGCUUCUUUACUGUCUCAACCUCAUUUUCUUCAAGUAUUUACAAUAUUGCCACUGCCAUGAAUAGUGGAACAACCUUGUACGAACUGUUUGGAGCUUUUAAUGCCCUUUAAUGCACGUAAAUCUCUUUACACUCUCUCUGUUUCAAUUGUUAUGAACUAAAAACAACAUUUCUUUCACUUUCUCUCCAUAUUCAUCCAAAAAACUGAAGCUUUUGAUUCAAAAUUGUUUGGAGCCAUAUUUCUUUCGUUUUGACUUACGGUUGCUUUCGUUUGAGGUUCUGGGUGGUUGGAGAAGACCCUGUGUGCAAACAAAGUCAUCUCACCUAGUUGAAGAUGAUUUUUAAGUUACAUGCAGUGUAUGGAGAAUGGUUGUUGAGAGAUUUCCGUUGGGAUUUUGUGGUUGAUGAUCUCAAAGGAGCAAGAUUGUUUUUAUUGAAUGAAGAUUCAACACAUGCUGAACUUGUUGCAAUGGCUCAAGAAGAUUAUAACCUGGACAUGAGAUCAGUGACUGUGGAGAUUAGCUACUCAUUACCAGCAGAAAUGAUGAUGACUCCAAGCAGUCCUCCCAUUCAUGUUACAAGUGAUAGACAAGUUCGAAACUUGCUCGAGAUACUCAAAACGCAUAGAGUAUGUCUUUGUGUAUCAAGCCGCAGCAAGGUGGAAACGGUUUCAGAGAAAAGAGAAGAAGCUGGUGAUAAUGAUGAAGCUGGUGAAUGGGAAGAAGAUGUUGGUGAUAAUGAUGAAGCUGGUGAAUGGGAAGAAGAUGUUGGUGAUAAUGAUGAGGCUGAUGAAUGUUUUGAAGAUGUUGGUGAUAAUGAGUCUGUUGAAGAUGAAAAUCAAGAUGGGGAGGAGGAAAUGGGGAGGAGGAAAAUGAGGAGGAUGCUGAUAACACUAUUGUUGGUGAAACGGAUCAGAAUGGUGGGGAUUACAGUCUUUAUGGAAAUGUUCUAGAUGAGGACGAGGAAGAUGAUGAUAAUAUUUGUUUUGAAGAAAUUGAAAAGACAUAUGCUAAGACAAAUGCUAUUGAAGGAGGAAAAUCGGAUUGUACCAGCAUCUAUGUCAACCAGAGUUUUGUUAGCAAGGAUGCACUGCUUUCAGAGCUGCGGUUGACAGCAGUGAGGGGUAGGUUUUCUUUCAGAAUAUACAAAUCAACAAAAACUCUCCUUGUGGCAAUAUGUCGGGUUAGCGGUUGUGGAUGGAAGAUCAGAGCGAGUGUGAAACAUGGGUCAAACACGUUUUGGGUAACAAAGUAUGUGGAAAAACAUUUAUGCUCAAUUGGAGACCGAAUCGCUCAGCGGAGACACUGUACUCCAAAGUAUGUUGGUAGUCUUUUCAUUGAUCGUGUUGGGAUCAUUGAUGGGAUAACUCCACAGCAUAUCACUGAUGCAAUGAAGAACAUGUUUGGCAUGACGCUUGAUUACACCACUUCAUACAGAGCACUGUUAUAUGCACAGAAAUUGGUGAGAGGAUCAGCAGAAGAAGGGUAUUCGCGUCUGCCUUCAUAUCUCGAGCAAAUCUCCAUUGCAA